GCAUUUUUGUAUGUCAUCAUGCCCCGUGACGUAGCGACUCCCGUCAUGCCUCUCCUUCCCCUGGAGGAAUCGUCCGUGACAUUGGCAUCCGUGACCGAAUUGGUUAAAGACAUGCAAAAAGAGCACGACGCCCAAUUGGCCAAAGAACGCGAACUGAUCGUGCACCAAGUGCUCCAGUCGCUCGAAACCAAGGGCCUCUUGCGCCGGAAAAAACCAUCUACCCGCCAUCAUCACCACAAACACCCGACCAAGCUCGACACCCGACUGCAAGCCCUCGUCCGCCACUCCCUCACCGACAGCGGCCUUGACUACCCCCAUGUGAUUCCCUCCCAAAACACGACCGUGUCUUCUUCGCUCGUGCGGCCACUGGUGUUAGAACGCAAGGACACGACGGAUGAACCCAUGGAAGCUAGACGCGUGUCGGCGCGACAAGGUAGCACACAGGGGGACUCCCGACCACAACGACGUGUAGAUGCGGCACUGCCACCCGCGACAGCAGCAGACCCACCCAACCAAGUGGUGCCGUGCGCCGAGAAAUCGAUUCUGACGAGGUCCAAGAGGUCGUCGAAAAUGAGCAAAAAAACGUGGGUGAUGCUGGAACAGAGCAAGAAAUUGCUCCAAGCCACGAAAACCAGCGGGUACAAGCCCGGCGUGAUUGCUCCGAAACCCCAUUUGGACCAGAUCCUGGCCCACAACGAACAACGACCAAACGAUGGUGAAAUGUCAAACCAUGACGACGAACAAUAUGCGAUUCCCCCCCCACUGCCACCUGCUUCUUGUAGUACUCCCGUGGGUACUUGUGAACUGGACGAGAAUUGUAGUGCUGCCGUGGCCAAAAACGACGCACAAGCAGCUCCAGCGUCGUACCAACUGUCGCUGCUGGAGCCGUUUCCGACCAGUGGGGCCGCAGAAAACACGGACAAAGCAUGGGAAAACGAGCUCGCGCGGCAGAUUCUGUCCUUGUAUGCUACGAGCAUGACCUCCAAGCAGCACCAGAAACAGCAACAAUCAAGCCAACAAAGCAGCACAUCGCCACCACCUUCAUCGCCGACCAAAUCCGACGAACAGCGGCGGCGACGGCGGCAUAAGCAGCUCCCGUCGCUCGGUGACGUGGCAGAGCGCAAGAAGCGCAUUCAGCAUGUCCAAGACUCGUGGCAGCCCAGUCACGUGGAUGAAAACGGCAAAGUCGUGCUGUGCAUGCCUAAAAUCCCCAAACCCAUUUGGUUUGCAGGAACGGGCAUUGUGAUGGCGACGUGGUGCGCGUUGGUGGUGCCGCUGACAGAAGCCAAACUGUCUCCGUACGCAGACGACUUGGACGGCGCAUCGAUGCUGUGCCGCCACAGACUGUGCCAUGAGUUGCGGCACCUCGAGCAAAAUUUGGAGCUUGAGCAGUACUUGGCCGUGGUGGAGACGUUGCUCAUGUCGCGUGUACGCGCCAAACAGCAGCAUCAGCAGGACAAAGUUCUGGACGAACUGGACGUGAAACUGUGGAAGCAACUUGUGAUUACAGCUAACGCGUUUGCAAGCCGAGCAGUGGACUUGAAGAAAUUUCCGCUCGCGUUGUCUUUGGUCCAAAAGACGGAAUCGAUCUUGGACGACGCCAGCUGUUUGUCAGCAACGCGACUCGAGUUGCUCGCGUACAUUGCGGACACAUAUGCCUACUAUUACUACAGUCGAAGCAAGGCCAGUGCGGCGAUGACGUACAUUUCCAAAGCCCACGUUGUGCACUCGAAGCAUGGCGAGUGGUCGCAUCUGGCCAAGUGCAAACUGCAUAUGGCAACUUUGCUGUCCAGAUUAGACCAGCACCCCGAGGCGGUUCUGCAGCUGCAGCUCAUUCUGGCGUUGGUGGAAGAGGCCAAGCUCGAAGAAGAUGGCGGCGGUGGCGCGUCGGCCCAGAAACUGUGUCUCGUGGCUGUGUGCUACAACAAUUUGGCCCUAGAACAGCUACACUUGAAGGACGUCGACGGUGCUGCCACGUCAACGCAGAACGCCCGGCGAUUGGCCCGACUGUGUCUGAGCUACAGCAAUCGAUGGCUCGCGCAGUUUGAAAACACGCACAAAGCUGUGAUUCGAGCUAUGGCGACCCUCCUGGGCGACCAACGAGACCUGGACAUGGAGUUGGUUAUGAAAUACGACAUUGAAGCAUAAUAUAUUGUCCUUUUACCCAAAA